UUUCGCUAAAAGAAAAGGACACAAGAUGAGCGUGGUCCUUGAUUUGAGGGGGAGAAUGAGAGAUGUCAAUUCAAAUCCCAUAUUGGAAGUUUGUCUAAUAUAUAAAAAGAUGUUCAACUCUAAUAAAUACGAGAUCUUUUGGGAUGAAAACCAAAAGUAAAUCCAUACGGACCAGUCUUUUAAACCCAAAAUGGACAAUAUCGUAUUAAUUAGAGAAUUUAGAGUUGGACAUGAAGUUUAAUAAAUCCCAACAUGGUAGGGAACUUAACCAGAUUCAGUUCUGAGAUUGUUGGUUAAGUUCAGUUUUCUACCGGAUUAAACAAAAAUCCAAAAAAAAAAUGCAACAAAUUUUAGCAAAAAAAAGAAAUAUUUUUUGGAUUUGGGGACGGCAAAAUGAUGACUGUAACAAGUGGUGAUCUGUUGUUAUCUCUUAGAGAAUCGAUCGCUUUAUCCAAAAUGGCCCAUUCAUGAAUAUGGUCACGCAACUCUCAUUCUGUCAUCAUAUUCCUUUCAUCCUAUUCCAACAUACAGAAUCCAGGAAUAUAUAUACCCCUUAUUGUAUUUCUUUUAGACAAACAAGAUAAAUGAAAUAAUUUCUGGACAUGCAAAUUAAUAUGCAUAACUGCUCAACUAUGUGGAACAAUUUGACGUUACAUGGUUUUGUGCAUUGCCGGUCUAAUAUUUUAUAAUGUCCCAAGCAAAAUUUAAAAGUAUGCCCUUGUACAUAUUUUAUUAAAACAACUAUAAAAAAAUGUAAAAAACUUUAAUUUCCAUAAAAAUCAAAUUCCAUAAACUGUUUAUAAAAACUAUUUAUUUAGGACAAUUAUUUUUGUAAUAUAGAUCUCAUUGCAUUUUUUUCCUGCAAAUUAUUUGUUAAACUCAUAUAGUUAAGUCUUUUAUCUCUAUUAACAUUAUAGCCAACUUAUUUAACCUUUUUGUAAUAUGUUAGACCGCAAAUAAUUCUUUAUCAGCUUCAAUUUUAAAAAAUUUCUUUCAGCUAUGGCGACCAAUAUUGGAAUAGAGUGAUAGAAACUAAAUUAUAUAAUCAAAAGAAAGAGGACAAAGAAAAAAUUGUUUCAAGACUUAAAAUGAUAAAAUUAGAACAAGAGGAAUACUGUGUUGUGGUUAACUUUUAAUUAAGUCUAAAAUAUUAAUUGGUCCCAGAAAAUCCACACAAGUGAAUUUCAGAUAGGAAAAUGCCAACUCUAAAAUUAUAAUUUUAUUCAAAAUUAUAUGAUAGAAGAGAAUUAUAGAAUUUUCGAGUACGUGAACACUGAAGUAAGCUCGCUCCUUCCUAUAUUUGAAGGAACAUAUAUAAAAUCUUCUUCUUUUUUUGCUAAAAAUAAUAUAUGUAAAAUUUUAGGAAAAGAAAAAUGGCGUGUAAAGAAAAGAGGAAUAUAUUAUAGAGAUGCAUUAUGCAUGUGUAUGACGAGAUAUAUGCUUGAGGAGGUCCCAAAAAUCGUCCACUAGUUUUAUUUUGCCAUUAACUAAACUGAUCCUUAGUUCUCAAAAAAAAAAAAAAAAACUAAAGUGAUCCUCUUAGAAUAUUAAUAAUCAACAACGGUUUCGGUUACAUUCGAUUUAGUGAUUGCAUCAGCUUUAGUUUCGAUUCAAAGUAAAGAUGAGAAAAUGAAUUAUAGUCUUUUGAGCUUAUUAAUCAUCAAUAGAUUACAUGCAUCCAAAUCAGUAUCCGAUUCAGCUUACGAGUUCCGCUCGAAUUAAAGUGAGAACGUGUAGUACUUCGAAUCCUAAGAAAUAAUAUAGUAGUACAUGUACAACAAGUAAAAAGUAACCAUCAUCAAAACAUAUUUAAAUUGUUUACCGUAAAAUUUAUAGUUAUUUAUUUAAGAGUGUUUGUCUAAAGAAAAUUGCUACGUUAAUGUUUUGACAAAAAAGCUACGACUAAUAUCUUUUAAAUGAUCUUUACUAGACAGAAACUUAAAAAUUCGUUUCAGAUAACUAAAAUAAAACUUAAAUUUGCAUGCAUAUGGAGCUAAAUAAAUUUGUAAUUAAUUACUAAGCAUGAUGAUAUAUCACUUGUAACAUUAUUUUUCCGUCGCUAAAAUAGAAUGUUGCUAUUGACCACACGUGUUAAUUACGUUGCCCAAUUUUCAGAUAAAUCUUUUGAUUGAUGCUAAUCUAUUGUCAGCAUAACUUGUUUUAUUGCAAUAAAACGGAAUUUCGAUUGAAAAGUUAAUUUAUCAAUGGUUGCGGUCAAAAUCAAAUGAAGAUGAUGAAUUCCAAUCUAAUUAUUUACCGAGAGUGGUUGUGGCAUACUAAACCAAUAGUUCCUACCUACUUGAGGAAUUUGUAGAAGACGUGGUUAUGCCUUAAGUACAACAGUCAUGUCAUGUCGCCACUUACAUUGCAGUACGGAUCCUUCUUAUUGAUUUGGCUCCAUUGAAAUCUCAAGAGCCACAACGAAUUUUUGUGACCCAUCAUAUUAUUGUUAAGAGUAUGAACUGCUUUAUUAAAGUUGAGUUAAUUAUUAUUUAAUCUUUUCGAGCAUAAAAUCUUCGUGGAUAAGUAAAGCCAGAAUGCAACUACAAAAGAUUGACAUAACUGAUAUCCGGUGCAUGGAGGGUGAACGCAAACUCUAUUAUAUUAAUCUACUUUGAAUUUGGGGUUUUCUUUACCGAUGUAUUACAUGCGAGUUUGCAGAAAGUUCAUAGACACAGUAUAGACGUAAAUCCCCCUGCGGGAAGAAAGUGAUGACCGAUGGGAAUAUAAUACAAAGUUGACAUUCUCUUAACACGUAAUAUUGAUCCCCAAAGACUGGAUUUUUUCUCUUCAUACAUCAUCAUGGUCACAACUUACACUAGCUAUAUGCAUAUCAAUCUCUAUACCUCACAUAUGUCAACGAUCUUGAGCAUCAAAUCAUCUGGUUCUCUUAUCCACAAUCCAACUUCCCAGAAUUAUUAUUCUCCUUUUUAGUUUUGCCCCAUCAUUAAUCAAAGGUACCUCUAUAUGUUCACAAAAGAUUACAUGUAUGUGUAUAUAUAGAGUUCCAAGACUCACUUCUCCAAAACAAACACAUCAACACUAAUCUCCAAGCAAUAUAAAGAAAAAGAAAUAUACAUAGUAAAAGAGUAUUACUAUACAUAUGGAUGUGGUAGCAACAUUGGCGUCACAAAGAGCAGUGGUGAUAUUCAGCAAGAGUACUUGUUGUAUGUCUCAUGCAAUCAAACGUCUUUUUUACGAGCAAGGAGUGAGCCCAGCAAUUGUAGAGAUCGAUCAGAACAUGUACGGUAAAGAUAUCGAGUGGGCCUUGGCUCGUUUAGGUUGCAGCCCUACUGUUCCGGCAGUUUUUGUCGGAGGGAAAUUUGUAGGAACGGCCAAUACCGUCAUGACUCUUCAUCUCAAUGGCUCAUUGAAAAGGUUGCUCAAAGAAGCUGGUGCUUUGUGGCUAUAGUACUUAAUGGAUGUAUUCUUGAGUGAUUUACAUUGUGAUCUUUUUCUCUGACCUUUGAAAAUGUCUUCACUUUAUGUACGUCUUAUUAAAAGCGUAUGUGAAGAACUACUUUGUAUUGAGAAUUAUAUUUCUCUUUGUGGAAGUUGAUUUAAUGAUUGACUAUUACCCGUUUGGACA